AUGGCAUCCAUCUAUAUCAACAAAAAAGCCUCUUCUGAUGAAUCAACCAAAAACGGAUCAUCAUCAACAACAACGGGUUCUCAAGAAGGAUCAUCUUCAUCAACAACCAACAACAAUAAUAAUAAUAACAAUACAUUAGAUAAAGAUCCCAAAGACAUUCUCAACGAACUUCUUCAAGAUAUUCCAAAUUCAACGACAUUGCAUGCUGCGGUUCAGAAAGAUCAUACCAGUCGACGUUUUACGGAUAGAGAAUUAUUGAAGAUUUGUCAAUUAACCAAUCUGACGUACUUGGAUUUGAGUGGUCACUGCAUUCAAUCUCUUCCUCCAAAUAUUUCUCAACUCAAUUCUCUUCACACACUCAUCAUGAAUAAGAGCGAUCUCACCACCCUCCCGAAAAACAUGGAACUUCUUGAACAUUCAUUACUGGAUCUUCAAUUUCGACUCAACUCUUUUAAAGAAUGGCCUUCACAACUCAACAAGAUGAAUCUCCAAAAACUCGACAUGAGUUUUAAUCGUUUAAGUAGAAUACAAAUUUCAACAACGGGAAUUGCUGGAUUAUUUGGCUUUGAUCGUCCACAACAAUUACAAUCGACACUGAGAGACUUGAAUUUGAGUUAUAACUAUUUGACGACCUUUCCACAAGAUUUACUCAAAUUUUCAAAUUUGGAGCGAUUGGAUCUGACGAAAAAUGAUUUGGAAACUUUGCCUGAUAUUAGCAAGUUAGCGGAUAGUUUGAAAGAACUUUCAGUUGAGAAUUGUAAUUUUACAUCAUUUCCAGUCACUAUUUGCUCGUUACUCAAUUUACGAAUUUUGAAUGUGAGUGGUAACAAAUUCGAAUGGUUUCCUCAGACUCAAGGUCUCAUGUCACAAUUGUGUCAACUGAAAGAGUUGUAUGCAAAUGGAUGUGGACUCCAUGGAUGGGCACAACUCUUUUGUCAAGCAAAACUUGAAAUUUUACACUUGUCCAAUAAUAGCAUUCGUGGAGUGCCUACUGAAGUACGGACUCUGCAAAUGUUGCAAGAACUUAUUCUCUCCAAGAAUUAUAUCACACAUAUACCUGAACACUUUAGUCAUUUUGUAAAUUUGGUUUAUCUAGAUUUGAGUGACAAUAACAUUGAAGAUGUGGAUCCUGCAUUUGGUGAUUUGAAAAAGUUAGAAAUUUUAAAGUUAAAGUCGAAUCGAAUUUCAGAGCUGCCUCCAGAAAUGUCAGAACUUGAAAGUUUAAUUGAAUUAGAUUUAAGCGAAAAUGAUUUGAAAAAUCUCUUUGAUUUCUCUAAAGUGAAAAAUUUGGAGAAAUUAGAAGCAACUUACAACUACUUGGAAUCAUUUCCUAAAAUUGGAAAUUGCAAAAAACUCAAAUAUUUGGACCUGACCAUGAAUAGAAUGAGUGGUAACAUACCUGACUACUUUUAUGAAUUGGAAUCUCUCUCUUUUUGUAAAUUGAAACAUAACUCUAUUGAGAGUAUUGAUCCAAAAAUCAGCCAAUUAACGUCACUUGAAAUUUUGAAUUUGGACAACAAUGAAAUCAUUUCCAUACCAGAUUCAGUCAUGAACCUAAAAUCUCUAAAACAAUUUUCAAUCAUCAAUAAUUAUCAACUAAACCCAUCCGAACAAGUCAAAACACACAUGCACAAUAAGAACAUUACAUUUGAAUAUGCCUAUGAAGAACCAAGCAAAAUUAAGGAUUCUCUAUUCCUAAGCUCGGCACCGCCUGCAGGAUCACGACGACUACUCAAAUCUCUCGGUGUGACACACAUUCUAACCGUUGCCAAAGACAUUCCACCGAGAUACAAGAAUGAUUUCAAAUACAUGAUUAUUUUUGCAGACGAUACGACCGAAGCGACACUGAAACCUCAUUUUGAAGAAGCAUCAAAAUUCAUUCAAGAAGCUAUUUCUACGGGAGGCGCCUGUAUGGUUCAUUGUAUGGCUGGAGUGAGUCGAUCGAGUGCCAUUGUCAUUUCACACAUCAUGUUGACCGAGAAGAAACGAUUGAAUAUUGCCUAUCGAGAAGUCUAUGAAAAGAGAGACAUUAUCAAACCCAAUGACAAAUUCUAUCGAGAGUUAAAAUUAUUGGAUAAGGAAUUAUUUCAACAUGCUGAAUUGACACCUCCAAAAACUCGAAAUCGAGUCGAAUAUUUCGAUGCCAACACGGAUGAGAGAAUUUUCAAACGUCCCAAAGAUGAAAAACCUAGCAUGUUGAACGUUCCUUCCAAUUCUGGACUCGUCUCGUAUGGAAAUGGAGAAAAAUCAACCUUUGCAUCACUUUUUAACUUUUCAUCGAUGGCAGGAUCAGAAUCAGAAAGUGGACGAGAACCAUUAUUGAUGUUAAACAAUGGAAACAAUGGAAACAAUUCGACUACAUCGACUUCUACGACAAUGGGAGCUUCUUCAAAGAAUAAUAAUACUACAUCUAGUACUACUUCAUUGAAUCAUUCGAAUUGUGUGUCAUCGCCGACCACGACGGCAAUGAUCAAUGGUGGUAGUGGUGAUUCACAUGAAGAAAUAUAA